GCGCUCGGGUUCCACGGCGCUCGGCCUGCAGUCCUCCGACCGCGCGGAACAGAGCCGGGUGGCGCCGCCGGAGCACAGAGCCGCGACCCUCCGCGGCCGCCUUUGUCUGGCAGCCGUGCGUCCUGGAAGCGCCGCUCUCGGGGCCCAGGGACGCUCCCGGAGUGGUCGGUGACAGCUCCUCCCUCCCGGAGAAGUCCAGGACGGAGGGACGGUCGGGCCGGGCCCCGGUCGCCCGCGUCUGCACGUUCGAGCGCGCGGACCCAUGCCCCCGCAGCAGGGGGACUCCGCAUUCCCCGGCCGCUGCGAGGCGCCGCCCGUGCCGCCGCGCCGAGAGCGCGGGGGGCGCGGGGGGCGCGGACCCGGAGCGCCAGGUGGCCGGGGGCGCGCGGGCGGUGGCGAGGGGCGCGGCAUCAAGUGCGUGCUGGUCGGUGACGGCGCCGUGGGCAAGACGAGCCUCGUGGUGAGCUACACCACCAACGGCUACCCCACCGAGUACAUCCCCACCGCCUUCGACAACUUCUCGGCUGUGGUGUCCGUGGAUGGGCGGCCUGUGAGACUCCAGCUCUGUGACACGGCAGGACAGGAUGAGUUUGACAAGCUCCGGCCUCUCUGCUACACCAACACCGACAUCUUCCUUCUGUGCUUCAGUGUUGUGAGCCCCUCCUCUUUCCAGAACGUCAGUGAGAAAUGGGUGCCAGAGAUUCGAUGCCACUGUCCCAAAGCCCCCAUCCUCCUAGUUGGAACUCAGUCAGAUCUCAGAGAAGAUGUCAAAGUCCUCAUUGAGUUGGACAAAUGCAAAGAGAAGCCAGUGCCUGAAGAGGCGGCUAAGCUGUGUGCUGAGGAAAUCAAAGCCGCCUCCUACAUCGAGUGUUCGGCCUUGACUCAGAAAAACCUCAAAGAGGUCUUUGAUGCGGCCAUCGUCGCUGGCAUUCAGUACGCGGACUCGCAGCAGCAGCCAAAGAAGUCCAAAAGCAGGACUCCAGACAAAAUGAAAAACCUCUCCAAGUCCUGGUGGAAGAAGUACUGCUGUUUCGUAUGAUGCUGGCAAGAAACCCAGAAAGGCUAUUUUCAGAUGAAAUUGAUAUUAGAAGCUAUAUUAGCUGAACUGACUCCUUUUACUGUGUAGAACCUGUCUGGAGAGCGUGUGUGUGUGUGUCCUAGGAGGAGUUCCCAACCCAGGCGUUCCUUCUCGCCUCUGGUUCUCUUGUUUGUUUGCCCUUAGGGAGAGAUACUUAUGCAAGAUAUUUUUGAAAUAAGUUAAGCAUGUUUCCUAACUCUGGAAAUUUAGAGCUCUAGACCUCUGGAUUAAUUUAUAUCUAAUAUAGGAAAGACACCUCAAAUCUGGGUGUCAAGAGUGAAAUUUUGCUACGUUAUAAUGUACAGAAGAACAAAGAGGAAAUGGUGUGGUUAACCAUCCCUUCAUUAAGGGCUACUUAGUGCGCAGUGCAUUGUACACACAGGCCAGCCAUGGUAAGAGUAACUCUUAGUUUUGAAACUCCAUACUUCUUUUUUCUUUCUUUAAAGAGCAAAAAUCUGAGAAAAAAUGAGAGACUUCUGCCUACAAAAACCUCAAACCAGUCACGUUUUUCAUAUGCUAAUGCCCAGUUGCUUAAGAUUUAAAAACAACCAA